GUGCGGGGCUGCAGUAGCUCGCAGCUCCUAGCGCCCGCCCAGCGCACAGGGCACCUGAACCCGGUCCCCCUGCGGGGAGGCGGCAGGAGCAGCGCGGGACCUCGGCGCCCUGGCCCCCGGCUAUGGGUUCCCGGAGGCGCCUCAGCCCACGUCUCUCAUGGAGAAGAAUCCUGAGCGUCUUUUUCCUGCCACUGAUCUCAUCAGGCUUUGCUCCUCGGGCAAAAUAUAAAGAGAAAAAGAACCUUCCUGUGGGGGAAGCUGGGCCGCAGCCACACCAGAGCAGUAGGUUUAACUGGUCACAUCUGACCCCUCUGGAGCUGAAGAACCGCGCAGUGGGACUUCAGACGCAAAGCACACCUGAGAGCAGUCCGCACUUCACACUGGAGGGGCACAAGUUCCUGAUCUUCGGGGGCUCCAUCCACUACUUCCGGGUGCCCAGGGGGUACUGGCGGGACCGCCUCCUGAAGCUGCAGGCCUGCGGCUUCAACACUGUCACCACCUAUGUCCCCUGGAACCUCCACGAGCCACAGAGAGGCACAUUUGACUUCUCCGGGAACCUGGAUCUGGAGGCCUUUGUCCGGCUGGCCGCGGAGGUUGGGCUGUGGGUGAUCCUGCGUCCAGGCCCCUACAUCUGCAGCGAGAUCGACCUCGGCGGCCUGCCCAGCUGGUUACUGCAGGACCCGAAGCUGAGGCUGAGGACAACCGACAAGGGCUUUGUCCAAGCGGUUGAUCGAUAUUUUGAUCAUCUGAUCGCCAGAGUGCUUCCUCUCCAGUACCGCCAGGGAGGCCCGGUCAUCGCGGUGCAGGUGGAGAAUGAGUACGGUUCGUUUGCUAAGGACAGCGCGUACAUGCCGCACCUUCACAAGGCCCUGCUGAGCAGAGGGAUUGUGGAGCUGCUCUUGACCUCAGACGGGGAGAAAGAAGUGCUCCAAGGCAGCAUAAAAGGAGUGCUGGCCACCAUCAAUAUAAACUCAUUUCAGAAGAAUACUUUCAUGCACCUUAAGAAAGUGCAGAGAGAUAAGCCCAUUAUGAUUAUGGAAUACUGGGUCGGCUGGUUCGACACGUGGGGAGGUAAACACAAGGUUAAAGGUGCGGACGAUGUUGUCAACACUGUGUCUGAAUUUAUCAAAUCUGAGAUCUCCUUCAACACGUAUAUGUUCCACGGUGGAACCAACUUCGGUUUCAUCAACGGGGCCACGGAUUUUGGGAAACACAGCAGUGUCGUCACCAGCUAUGACUAUGAUGCUGUGCUGACAGAGGCCGGGGAUUACACCCAAAAAUAUUUCAAGCUUCGGAAACUCCUUGGAUCCGUCUUAGCCUCUCCCCUGCCCCCCUUACCUGAGCUCAUUCCGAAGGCUGUGUAUCCUGCUGUGAGGCCAUCCCUGUACUUGCCGCUGUGGGAUGCCCUACAGCACUUAAACGGGCCGGUCAUAUCCAGCGCACCAGUCAGCAUGGAGAGUCUCCCCGUCAACGCUGGGAACGGUCAGUCCUACGGGUUCGUGCUCUAUGAGACUUCCAUCUGCGCCGGAGGCUGGCUCCGUGCGAAAGUUCGAGACACGGCACAGGUAGGGGCCAGCAGGCUGUCUGUGGCGGUGUUUUUGAAUGAGACACACAUAGGGACGCUGGAUGAUGGUCGUCAGGACUUGAACAUCCCUACAGUCAGGGAAUGCCAGCUUCUGAGGAUCCUGGUGGAGAACCAAGGACGAGUCAACUAUUCAUGGAAAAUUCAAGACCAGCGGAAAGGAGUAACCGGCCCCGUGACCAUCAAUAGCACCCCCCUGGAGGGUUUCACUAUCUAUUCUCUGGAAAUGAAAAAGAGCUUCUUUGAGAGGCUCCGCUCUGCCGCCUGGAGGCCUGUCUCCAACAGCUCCCUGGGGCCCGCCUUCUACCUGGGCACCCUGCAGGCUGGCCCUUCUCCCAGGGACACCUUCCUGAGGCUGCUGGACUGGAGUUAUGGAUUUGUGUUCAUCAAUGGCCGUAACCUCGGGCGGUACUGGAAUAUUGGACCACAGCAAACACUUUACCUUCCUGGUGCCUGGCUGCACCCGGAAGACAACGAGAUCAUUGUGUUUGAAAGAAGCAAGAGUGGUUCGUCCAUCCAAACUACAGAUAAACCCAAGCUUUAAGACUCUGUGUUGUAACAUUUUUUUUUAGUGGAUUGUUGGAGUUCGUCUACAAGCAGGUUUUCAGGAGGAAGAUUUAUGUCUAGAAUACCAAACACACUGUUGUCUGCAAUAGCAAAUAUUGAAAAUAAUAUUCAGCAGGGAAAUGGUUAUCUAUAUUGUAGUAUAGUCAUAUGCUGCCUAUUUUUAGGCCUUAAAAAAGCCUUCAAUCUUCAGUGACUAGAUUUACGUAGUUAAAGCUUAGUCCUUAGCAGGGUAUUAUUAUUCUCUAAUUAAAUGUGCCUUUAGGCAGGUGGGAAUAAAAUAAAAACAAGCUGUA